AGAAGAUCCGGUCGCUCACCGUCUUCUCUGUGCGCCCUUGAGCAAGCUAACAACAGCGGGUACAGGCUAAACGUUUAGUCGCUGCAGAAAUGGUUGCAUACUGGAGACAGGCGGGCUUGAGCUAUAUCCGCUACUCGGCGAUCUGCGCUAGAGUGGUGCGGGCAGCGCUGAAACCCCAGCUCAAAGUAGAGGCGGAGAAAGCUGCCGAGGCCAACGUGAAGAUCAGCAGACCUAAAGCAACAUGAGUUGAAUACCACUGAUCCAUUCUGUGGGAAUGAAUGCCACCAUCCGCGUCAGUUCACCUGUAUUGUUUGUGAGAAUGAAAAUUUGGGUUUAUUGCUGUACAGUCUUACACCUAAUCAGAUGACAACAAGCUUCGCUCUUGGAAUUAAAUAAAUGAAAUAAAAUGCCA